UGUCGUGCUGCUCGUCGUCUUGUCCCCGUCCUUGUACUUACCGUCGCACUGCUUGAACUCUGACCAUUGGGCAGUUGAAAUCAUACGCACAGGUCUACGUGUCGAGAACGCGAGUGGGCAUCAUUGCUCCCACGAAGCCGACCUCCUCGCAGCUCGACACGGCUUCAUCAACAAUGGCCAGGUUGGAGAAUUAAGUUGCGUCUACUGCUUGUCGCCUGCUGCUCGUCGCGGCCGAAUGAGGAGACAUUCUCCACUCGAAACGAGGAAGCGACUGCUCUCAGAGAAAAACGUGAUAUGGGCACGACAGCAAAAGGCGCUCGUUCGAGUAAAAAGGAACGUCGAAGAUCCGCUCGACCCACUGUGGAAAGAACAAUGGUAUAUUAGCAGUACCAACCCCGAGCUAAGUCACGGGAUAUUGACGGCAUGGCGAUCAAACCGAACGGGAAGAGGGGUCGUCGUUGCUAUCAUUGACGACGGGCUGGAAAUAGACCAUCCGGAUCUGAGAGACAACUAUGAUCCAAAGGCUAGUUAUGAUUUCAUUGACAACGAUCCCAUUCCACAGAUCCAUUACGAUUCUGCUAAUUCCAACAAGCACGGAACUCGAUGUGCUGGUGUAGUCGCUGCAGCUUCCAAUCAAAUCUGCGGCAUAGGAGUUGCCUUCCGUUCGAGGAUUGGUGGUAUUCGACUACUCAAUGGAAGAGUUACAGAUAUUACAGAAGCGUCUGCAUUGGGGUUUGGUCUCCAAUAUAUCCAUAUUUACUUAGCAAGUUGGGGACCCGAUGAUAAUGGGAAGAAAAUGGAUGGUCCUGGAUAUCUUGCAAGGAAGGCAUUACGUCAUGGUGCCAUAAAGGGUCGACGCGGUCUAGGAAGCAUCUACGUGUGGGCGUCGGGAAACGGGCGAUCGUACGGCGACACUUGUUCUUGCGAUGGCUUUGUGAACAGUGUCUACAGCAUUGCAAUCAGCUCGGUGGAUGAGAGCGGCCGAUCUCCGUGGUACUCCGAAUGGUGUGCUAGUAUUCUAGCAUCUGCUUUUAGCAAUAGCAAGAAGGCAGACAAACGGGUGAUAUCGACUGACCUUCAUGGUAAGUGCACAGACAAGCACAGUGGUACAUCAGCUGCAGCAUCGAUUGCUGCUGGUAUCUUUGCUAUUGCUCUUGAAGUCAAUAUGAACCUGACAUGGCGCUGUCUCCAACAUAUGGUUGUUCGGACGUCCAAAGUUAUAUCGCCUACAGAUAAUGACUGGGUUAUAAAUGGUGCUGGAUACAGAGUGAGCCAUAAGUUUGGUUUUGGACUUGUUGAUGCAGCUGGUCUCACUGCUCUUGCUCGAGUGUGGGCUAGAGUUCCCAAGCAACACGUAUGUGUUGAAACUGUCAAGAUUCGUCCUCAGCCCAUACAGACGAGUGCUAGGCAUGGUGUUGUUAUUACAUCACUAGGAUGCCGUAACUCACACGACGAAGUGCGGUUUCUUGAGCACGUUGUGGCUAUAAUUUCAUUGACUUCAACUGAUCGUGGAUCCAUUCGUAUAGUGCUAACAUCACCCAUGGGGACACCGUCAGAACUGCUUCAUCCUCGAAGGAAUGACCAUUCGAAAGAUGGUAUACUAAACUGGCCUUUCAUGACAACUCACUGUUGGGGUGAAAACCCACAGGGAGAAUGGAUCCUUCAUGUGAGAAAGACAGUGCAAUCAGUGGAAGGAAUAUUACAAAGUGUUACUUUGUAUUUAUAUGGUACAAAAGAGGAUCCAAAAAAUUAA